AUGGCACUUUUCAAAUCUUCAAACACAAAAUAUUCUUCUGAGGAUGUUGAAUGGGAGGCGAUGAUGAAAUGGGUGAAUCACGGUGUCGGAAAUAGGAGAAAAAUAUUUCCAGACUUGUUCAGUUUUCUCAAACUUGAGCAUUUAUCUCUCGAGUUUCUAAAGGAGACAGUCCGAGUUGAACCCUUGGUUAAGAAAGCAGAGAAAUGCAAUGAUAUGCUGAUGGAAGAAAUAUUUUCCCGAGCUUCAAAAGCUGUUCCACAAAAUCCCAUGCCUCUUCCCUGCAAUGAUGACCGAAGACAGACUCCUUUACAAAAUGAAUCGCAAUUUGACCACCAAGUUCCUUCAAUGCCCGUGUCUAACUCCACAACUCGUCAAAGGCAGAUUGAAGAAAUGCAAGAGCAAAAAACACUGAAUGAGCCCACAGAGGUAAUCCAAAGUCUGUGUGAUUUCCUCCAAUAAUCGACUCCUUCAUAUCAGUUCUUGGCACAUUUUUCACUCACCUAUCACAACUCUUCAAAUUUGAUUUAGGAUUGAAAAACUUCUCUUAUCAUAAUCAUACAAUUAAAUAUGUUGUAUAUAUGCCUACUAUACUUUCUGUUGUCUAGUUUUAUUCUUUUUACCAGAUUAGAUCUAUUUCAGUUGUUUUGUACUUCAUCAUUUCUGCCCAAAUUUUCAACCUGAUAAUAUGAAUUAAUUAUAAACGAAUUGGUUUAUAUAUCAUAUUUAUCUCGCAUAUCA